AUGGGCGACAGCCUCAUGCGGUACCAGUAUUUGUCCCUGGUGGAGGCCAUCGAACGCGGCGGCAACCCGCUCGGCGAGCGGAUGCGGGUGGGCACCGAUUCCGUCCAGCGCCUCAAGUACGGCAAAGGCCGCGGCGACGUCCUCCGCGGCGAUGCCUUUCGCGUCUGGAACGACUUCUACGAGAAGACUUCGAAAGGUCUGCACGGCCACGAGUUCUGCGACUGCGUGCGCCAUCCGUUCAAGCUUUAUCCACCGCCGAUCAUCGAAAACCGCUACUAUCGCCACCCGAGUGGGCUCCGCAUGACCUUCCUCGGCGUCUACGGCCCGGAACACGCGCUCGUCGGCCACUUCUGGCCGCGGAGUGACCCGACGGCGCAACCAUCCCCGGGGGCGCCGACGACGGGCCGCCGCGAGAACUCGGCCGCGUUCUACAAGUCGACGUACCAGAAGCUGAAUCGGUCGGGUAUGCUGGAGCCCUUGCUCUCGGGCGCGUUCCGCGGCGCCUUCGACCGCCUCGACUGGGAACUCCCGGGGCCCAUGGCCCGGUGGGCCGCGUCCGCCGCGCUCGCGUGGAUGACCGCCGCGGCGCCGACGACCUUCGAGCUUGUCCAGUACGACGACCGCCCGCCGACGCUGUUUCACAACGCGACGAAAGCGUGGUGCGCGCAGUCGUCGUGCUGCGAUGCCUACACACUGCUGCACGCCUAUGCGACGCCACCGGUGGGGCUGCCCGCGCUUUGGGCCCGUGUCAAGGCGCUUGCCGACCGCGUGGACGCGACGAGCGCGGCCGCCGUCGUCUGGCUCGACAGCGACGCCUUCUUCGUCGACCGGGACUGGUGCCCGGACUUUGGCGCCGCGAACGCGUCGGUGUCCGCGAUCUUCUCCGCGGAUCCGCCGCCGUGGCGCAAGCCCGUGAACAUCGGCUUCUUCGCGUUGAAGAUGGACGCCGUCGGUCGCGCCAUCGCGCGCGCGCACUGGGCGCUCUGGGCCAACGUAUCGGAGCACUGGGCCGGCUUCGGGCCGGCGGCCGAGUGCGGCCGGGCCGACUCGAACUGGCGCGUCUGCAAACACGGCGGCAAGUGGGCCAGCCAGGCCCAGCUCGUCGCCCACGUGCUCCCGCGCUUCGCCGGCGCCUACGCGACGCUGCCCCGCGACGCGCAGAACUCGAACCAGGACAACUGCCGGGGCACCGUGAAGCACCUCGACGCGAACGGGUGGAAGACGGAGCGCGAGCACGGGCUCCUCGAGCGCUGCGUCGCCGAUUUUUUCACCGUGCCGACGGCGCCCCCCGUCCCGGCGGCCGCCGGCCUCGCCGCCCCGCCCGGACGAAGGAUACCGGCGCUCACGCUCAGCUACGGCGCGCGGCUGCCGUUCGUCGCUCGCAUGCUCCUGGCCUACGCCAGGCUCUGGCCCGACCACCCCUUCGUGUUCUACGUGCCCUUCAACGCGUCCGGCGCCUUCGAUGCGCCCGUCUGGGGCCGGGUCAACGCGUCCUACGACGCGGCGUCGCUCGUCGCCGUGCCGUCGCCGCCGGGCAUCCGCGCGACGAUGGACGCGCUCCUCGGCGCCGCGGGCUGCGCCGACGGCGAGCUCAUCUUCUGGGCGCCGGAGGACAUCCAGCCCUGGGCCGUCGUCGACGCGCGGGGGCUCGCCGCGGUCGCCGCGCGCGCGCGCCGCGAGGCCGCGGCGGACCCGGCCUACCUCGGCCUCGCGCUCGCCUACUCCGACGGCAUGUGGAGCGGCUACGGCCGCCGCGGCGCCUCGGAGCGCGUCUGGGCCUUCCCCGGGGCGCCGCUCCUCUUCGUCGACCACGGCGAGCAGUUCGCGGGCGCGCCGCGGACGGCCGUCGGCACGGCCGCCGUCGCGCGCGUCGCGAAGCUCCCGCAGUCGAACGCCUUCGUCUGGGCGCCCGGGUUCUGGCGCGCGGAGCUGCUGCGCGCCAUCUUCCUCAACCCCCGCUUCGCGAAGCUCCGCGACCUCGAGAAGGCCGUCGGCGCGUUCUUCUCCGGCGGCGCGUUCGCGGAGCGCGUCGUCGAGCGGCUCGCGACGCCCGUCCUCGAGUUCGUCGAGGUCACGCACCGGGGCCAGGUCGCCGCCGCCGUGCUCGACGAGAUGCGCGGCCUCGGCGCCGACGUCGGCGCCGAGUUCCUCCCGGCGAUGGCGCCCACCAGCACCUUCGCGGCCGCGCGCGUGGGCGCUCUCAAGCGCGCGUACGCGACGCGCGCGCGGGACGAGCUCGAGGCCGCGCUCGUCGCCUUCGACGAGGCGGCGGCCUCGUGGCGAGCCAGCGGCGGCUUCGAGGCCGCCUUCUCCGCCGCGGCGCAGAGCGUCGCGGCGCGACGGGAGUGCGACCUCCCGCGCUACGCGUUGACGGCUUGGGCGGCGGCGCACGGCGGCGUCCUGCCCGACCAUCCGUGCGUCUUCGUUGCGGAGCCGGCGACGACGGCCGCGCCCGCGUUCCGCGAGUUCCGCGACCGCGGCGCGUUCCUGGACCGCUACGGCCAAGUCGCGGUCCACGCGGAGCCGGGCUACACGCAGGCCGGCGGGCACCUCGGCUACUUCAAGUGCGCGCCGUCGCGCAUCGGCUGCUCGGUCAAGCUCGCGGACCUCGCGGCCUCCUGGCAGCCCAACGGGACCCGCGCGGGCCUCUACGUGUCCGAGUUCUCCGAGGGCCCGCUCACGGACGCCGCCUGGGACGCCCUGCGGAGCCUCGCCUACUUCUCGGCGGACCUCGCGUCGCGGAACUUCCUCGUCGGCGGCGACCGGUCGGGCCUGCCCUUCCACAAGCACGCGAAGACGUGGCAGAUGCUCUUCGCCGGCCGCAAGGUCUGGUACCUCCUGCCGCCCGGGGCCUGGCCCCGUGCCCUCGCCGACCUCGUCGGGCCCUACCUCUUUCCGGCCGACGCGUGGGCGGACGCCGUCGACGCGCUCCCGAACGUGGCUGGGCUCCUGCGCUGCGAGCAGCUCCCGGGCGAGAUCCUCUAUUUCCCCGACGACUGGUGGCACGCGACGCUCAACGACGCCGACUACAGCGUGGCCUACGGCGAGAAGCCGCACCGCAUGCCCGUCGUCGACGGGCCGUCGCCCGCGCUCGCGGCCAUGCUCGGCCGCGCGGCCAACGCGGGCCGCGGCGACCGCGACCCGCCCCUCGGCGACUGGUACAACGUCCUCCCGCGCUCCCGGCAUCGGGGGGGCAAAACGGCGCUGAUGAACGAGUCGAUCGCCGAGCUCGUGCGCGCCGCGGACCGGCCGCGGGCCUCGCCGCUCCUCGCGGCGACCGCCGCCACCGCGUGCUGCAUCUUCGCCAAGUGCGGCAGGAACGCGGACCGCGCCGCAGCCGACGCGUGGGCGAGCACCGCGCGGCGCCUCGACCCCGCCAUCUGGAGCCGCCAGUGCGCGCGUCGAUAG